AUGGCAAAAGCCAAGGCCAAGUCCCAAUCAACGGGCAAAGACAUUCUUCGAUCCACAAACUCGCGUCUCGUGAAAUCCGCAGGGCCAAAGCAAUCCCAGCGAUCGACCGAAGACCUUUUGACGGAAGCGGCACAACUUCUCGAACAGUCACAACCCGACCUUGCGCUGCCCCUCGCCGAGCAAGCACUUCGACAACUGGAGGCUGAAAGAGACACCGAACAAAAUGCAGAUGUGGACGCACUGUUACAACUCGCCGCGCAGGGUAAAUCAACAUUGCCAGAGGCAUUGCUCGUGAAAGCAGAGAUCGAACUAGCGCUUGGAGACGCCGACUCUGCAAGACAGGAUUUCUCCCGUGCAGUACAGAUCGACCAAAACGGCGCUCUCGUGAGCGCAGAGCCGUGGUUAUGGUUGGCACAGUUGUGCGAAGAAGGUGGCAGUAGAAGCAUAUCGUAUUUCGAGAAAGGAACAGAGGUACUACGCAACGAGAUUGAUGUACUGGAAGACGAAGAUGCACAGUCUCUGAGCGAGACGACAAAUAUUCUAGAUGAGAAAAGGGCCAAACUCGCAGAUACCCUUUGUGCAAUGGCCGAGGUCUACAUGACGGACCUGAGCUGGGAAGAGGACGCUGAACAGCGAUGCGAAGCAUUUGUUACCGAAGCUGUCGCAGUGUGUCCUGAGUACCUGAGCGCUGGUGUUCUGCAGACGUUGGCGAGCGUCCGCAUAAGCCAAGAGCGCAUCGAUGACGCCAGACAGGCACUCCGGCGGAGUAUGGAGAUCUGGAAGGACAUUCCUGCAGAUACUGAGUCCAGCUCACGGCCAGACUUUGCCACUCGCGUCAGUCUGAGCAGGCUACUCAUGGAAGUCGAAGCAGAGCCAGAAGCCAUGACAGUUCUUGAGGGAUUGACCCGCGAAGACGACCAGAGUGUCGAAUCUUGGUAUUUGGGCGGAUGGUGCCAGGUGCUAAUUUCACAGAAGCCGGGAACGGCGCCAGAAGAACAGACCAAGAGUCAAGAGACGGCGAAGAAAUGGCUUGACAAUUGCCUUAGACUGUAUCGGCUUCAGGAAUAUGAGGAUGAUCGGCUACGAGACCAUGCGCUCGAACUGGUGCAAGGCUUGAACAAAUCGCUUGGCGUAGAGGACCAGAUGGAUGAUGACGACGCCUGGGAAGACGAGGAAGAAGACGAUGCCGACGAGGACGGAGAUGUUGAGGUUGAUGAAGACGGUCCUAAUGGCCAUCAAGAUCGUGAUGUUGAAAUGACAUAG